CCCUCGGGGACGCAGUGCUUGGAGCACGAUUGUUUCAGCAUCUUUUGGGAGGCCAAACCUUUCGCGAAGGCCACCGCGGUGUGCGAGGAAGGUGGUGGGCACCUGAUGACCGUUCAUUCCACCGUGGCGGAGGAUGUUAUCACUUUGCUUCUACAAAACCGGACCGGGAGUUUAUGCUGCCCUCGCCUGCUUCCCAUCGAGGGGUUGCCCAUCACCUACACCACCCCCUUCGGUGCCCGCGGCGGGGACUUUCUGGCACUGCCACCCCUCAGCACUGCCACCAUCCCAGCGAUGGGGCUGGAGCUGCACUUCGACCCACGGGCACCCACCCGCUGCCUGCUGCACUGCAACCGCAGCCAGUGCCCGGCCGAGUGUGACCCCCACACCAAGUCCUGCGAAUGCCCCGAGGGCUUCUUGCUGGACGGCGAUGAAGAUGAUGAGCGGGUCUGCGUGGACAUCAAUGAGUGCGACAUGGACUUCUGCCAACACAACUGUACCAACCACCCUGGGGGCUACGAGUGUCAUUGCCAGGCCGGCUACCAGCUCUUCCAAAAGAAUGACUGCAUCAAAAUCCUGGAGGAGGAUGGGAAGGGAGAAUACUCAGGGGAUUUUGACCCCGGACCCCAGAUGCCCAUCCCCAGCCAGACCCCACCGAAGGCCGAGCACCUCCACCCCGCUGCGCUGGUGGGCAUCGCCGUGGGCGUCCUCUCCGCAUCCCUGACCUCGCUGGCCCUGGGCUACCACCUGGCAAAGAAGCACUGCCGGUCCCCCACCACCAUGGAUUACAA